AUGGCAUUUACCAGACCUAGAUUUGGUGUCUACACACCACUAGUGACUUUUUUCAACGAUGACGAAUCUAUCGAUUUCGAGGCUACUCUAUCGCAUGCUAAGCGCAUGGCAGAAAGUAGUGUCGUCGGCCUCGUCCUCCAAGGCAGCAAUGGUGAAGCUCCUCAUCUAGAUCACGACGAGCGAAAAGAUCUGGUACGAGCAGUAAGGGACCAUCUGAACGACCUAGGCCACACGGAGUUGCAAUUGAUCGUGGGCUGUGGUGCGGCCAGCGUCAAAGAAACCGCGAAAUAUAUCUCUGAAGCGAAGGAGUCCGGUGCUGACUAUGCUUUGGUUCUGCCACCAGCAUAUUGGGUUGCUGCAAUGAAUGCGAGUGUGAUUGAGGGAUUUUUUCGUGAUGUGGCCGCAAAAUCAGAGCUACCGAUCUUGAUAUACAAUUUCCCCGGCGUAACGGGAGGCAUCGACAUUACUUCGGAUUCAAUCAUCCGUCUCGCACAAGCUAAUCCCAAAAUCAUCGGCUGCAAACUCACCUGCGGUAAUGUCGGAAAGCUGCAGCGCAUCUCAUCCACGCUUUCAGCAGAGUCAUUUGCGGCCUUUGGCGGAAAAUCGGAUUUCUUUCUACCUGCCCUCGUGGCAGGGUCCAAUGGUAUAAUCGCCGCUCUUGCAAAUGUCGCACCCAAAACACAUGUUGAGCUCUUACGGCUUUGGGAAAAAGGGGAUUUGAAAGCUGCUCAGGCGCUUCAAUCUAGGCUGAGCCAGGCGGACUGGGCUUUGUCCAAAGUGGGUAUUGCUGGAGUCAAGGCGGUCGUCUCGUAUCAUUUUGGAUAUGGGACAGGUAAAGGGCGGCGACCGCUUGGUGUCUCGAACGUAAAUUCACUGAGCGAUGAUAUAGUGUCAAGCAUCCAGGCACUCGUCGAGGUCGAGAAGAAGUUGUGA